AUGUCAACCGCAGAAAUUCCUAUCAUCAAAGUGUUAUUCACACUUCAUGCUGGCAUGGAUGCUUUGGAUUUCAUCGGUCCCCUUGAAGUCCUUAGCCGUGCUCAGCAUGAUGUUAAUGAUCCAAAAUCCAAGGCAUUCGAUUGCAAGUUCGUUGCUGCCGAGGAAUUCACCAUCUCCAACCAAGGAGCUGCUUUCCGUGCUCACUUCAAUUACAAAGAUGCUUAUGCCACUCUUUCACAAUACGAUAUCCUCAUCGUUCCAGGUGGUGGAUCUGAUCAAGUCCUCAAGAACAAAGCUGAGCCUCUUGGUCUCAUCAGAGCUUUCUCUGAUUUGCAGAAGAAACAUCCGGAGAAGGAACGCACACUUUUAUCCAUCUGCACUGGUUCUCUCUUCCUUGCUCAACAAGGUAUCCUUCACGGUCUUUCAGCUACCACCCACUCAGACUACUUCGCCAAAUUUGAAAAUAUCAAUAGUGAGGCUGCACAAAGAGACUUGGCAGAACGUUGUGACGUUGUUGAGGAAAGAUAUGUGGUGAAUAAUCUUCGAUUUGAUAUUGAUUCUCCAGAGGAGAGUCAAUAUGUUCGUCGCAAGUCUGAUGCUAGACGUCCGUCCAAUGCCCGUAAGGGUUCCAAUGCUUGGAAGGAAUCAAACAAUCGUCGUGAAAGUAAUGCUCGUAGAGCUGCUUUACGUCUUGGUGGUCUUCGCGUUAUCACCACCGGAGCCAUCACUUGUGGACUCGAUGCUAGUUUGUAUCUUGUCAGCGUCAUGGUCAAUGAAGAGACUGCUGGUGAGAUUGCUAAGUUUAUGGAGUAUGAAUGGAAGAAGGGCAUUGUUGUUGAUGGAAUUGACAUCUAA